UGAAACUCUGCCGUAAUCAAAGGAACCAGAGGGUCUGCCAGCUGUCCCUUUCCAGGAGCAGCCAUGGCCCUGAAUGACGUCGAUGUGCAGAAGCGGAUUAAACACAUGAUGGCUUUCAUUGAGCAGGAAGCCAUUGAGAAGGCAGAACAAAUAGAUGCCAAGGCUGAGGAAGAAUUCAACAUUGAGAAGGGACGCCUUGUGCAAACCCAACGACUGAAGAUCAUGGAGUAUUAUGAGAAAAAGGAAAAGCAGAUAGAGCAGCAGAAGAAAAUCCAGAUGUCCACCAUGAGGAAUCAGGCAAGGCUGAAUGUCCUGAAAGCCCGAAAUGACCUCGUUUCAGAGUUGCUGAGUGAUGUGAAGCUGAGGCUCACCAGGAUUGUGGCAGACCCAGAAGUCUACCAGGAGCUGUUGUAUAAACUGGUGUUACAGGCUCUGUUCCGACUGCUGGAGCCAGUGAUGAUUGUACGCUGCAGGCCACAGGACCAUCUCCUGGUUGAGGCUGCAGUGCAAAAAGCCAUCCCUGAAUACAUGACCGUCUCUCAAAAACAUGUGAAAGUCCAAGUUGACCGAGACGUGCACCUGGCGAUGAAUGCAGCGGGAGGUGUGGAGGUCUACAGCGGCAAUCAGAGAAUAAAGGUUUCCAAUACCCUAGAGAGUCGACUGGAUCUCUUAGCCCAGCAAAAGAUGCCAGAAAUACGAAAGGCCUUAUUUGGAGCCAAUCCCAACAGGAAGUUUUUAAUAUAA